UAACGCGUCCCGUCCGCCAUCCCUUAUAAGUGUGCUCUCAACUCUCGGAGCAAUCCACUCUCAAUCAGACGUUUUCGCAAACACGUCCAGGGCCAGACCUUCUUUGCUCGAAACAGAGAAGGAAAGACUCGAGCACUCUCCAUGGAGGUCGAAUCGUCUCCGUUCGAGAGCAGCGAGAUGCUGGCAAGUUCCCUGGCGUCGACGCCCUUCUUGGAGGAGUCGUGGAGGCUGUGCAGCUUCACGAACUCUGCUGCGCCGAGGAGCUUCGUGGCAGACCAACACGGAGAGAUCGGGUACCUGGCGUUCUCGGGUUUCCAGGUGAUCGACAGGAACGAACCGAGCUGCGGGACCCUGGUGGCGCUGGACGAGUUCAGAUGCGAGCAACUGUUCUCGCUGUCGGAGUGCGACGGCGAUAGCAAGGGGACGGUCAAGUUGGACGCCGGAUUCCUCCGUCUCUUCCUGGAAUUUCACGAGCGACGGGAUUUCCAACGCCAGGUGCACGGUCAUUUUUGCCUUGUUUGACUUCCACUCAGAAGUCUUAACUAUACAAUAGAAAAUAAUUGCACGACAAUUUUUAAUGUACCAUGAAAAUAAUAGUUUAUUUUUAAUCACAAAUAAUCAUGAAUUAUUAUGAGACCCACUUUUCUGAAUAAUUAUGUUGCAUCUUCAUAUGUCGAACAUCAU